UUUUGUCUAGAUGCUCUUUGUCUGUUUCCCUUUGCUGCUUGACCUCACAUCUUCCUCUCUCAUAGCUUGAAAGGUGUUCAGCUUCGUCCACAAUGGCACCAAAAAGAUCAGCCAGCAAACCCUCUAAGAGUCAGGCCAUUGAGACUUCAGAGGAGAAAACUUCUGAGCUCAUAUUGGAACCUGGCUACAUGAGACAAUACCCAAAAACUGAGUUGUCGGAUGAAGUGUCGGCUAAUAGACUCGUGCACACGUCGAAAGAAAGAUUGCUAGUCGGUUCUUUGAUCAUCUUCGCAUUGGUGAUCAGAGCUUCGAACUUGUCCAAUCCUAAUAGUGUUGUUUUUGACGAAGUUCAUUUUGGAGGAUUUGCAAAGAAAUACAUUAAAGGUGCAUUUUUCAUGGAUGUGCAUCCACCCCUAGCCAAGCUCUUGUUUGCUGCAGUCGGAGCAUUGGGUGGAUUUAAGGGUGACUUUGCAUUUGAAACCAUUGGUGACGUUUUCCCGCCAAAUGUUCCAUACAUAUUGAUGAGACAACUGAGUGCGUUCAUGGGUGUCGGUACUGUUCUGUUUUUGUACUUCACUUUAAGAGCUACCGGCUGCAAGCAAUCUGUUGCCUUUUUUACUGCUGCAUUACUAGUCAUCGAAAAUGGUUUGGUCACAAUCUCAAGAUACAUUUUAUUGGAUUCCCCACUUAUUUUCUUCAUCGCUGGUACUGCUUAUUUCUACACCAGAACCGAAAUUUCCAAACCUUUCUCCUUUGACUGGUUCAGGUAUCUUGCCCUUUGUGGAACAUUCCUUGGUUUUGCUGUAUCUUCCAAAUGGGUCGGCCUCUUCACUUUUGCGUGGUUAGGUUUAGUGAACCUGAUUCGUCUAUGGUUUUUUGUCGGUGAUUUAUCUGUUAGUGUGCCUAGUAUCUUCAGACACGCUGCUUUUAGAGGUGCCGUUCUUCUUAUAAUCCCAGCAGUCAUCUACCUCUUCAGUUUUUACCUGCACUUGAUGAUUUUGACGCACGAAGGUGACGGUGCCGCAUUCAUGAGCUCUGCUUUCAGAAUAGACUUCGACGACACCACAGUGCCAAAAUCUACAAGCGCAGAUGUUGGUGUGAGUUCCAUUGUGACACUUAGACAUCUCGGCACCCAUGGCGGUUACUUACAUUCUCAUGAUCACUUAUACGAAGGUGGUUCUGGGCAACAGCAAAUUACCUUAUAUCCUCAUUUGGAUGAAAAUAACAGAUGGAUUAUUGAAUUGUACAAUGUUACCUCGGAACCUUUUGAGUUCGUUCCAAUCACUGAUGGUACCAAGAUUAGAUUAAAGCAUAUGAUCACCAGCAGAAGAUUACAUUCUCAUGAUGUGAGACCCUCAGUUUCAGAAAUUGAGUGGCAAAAUGAAGCUUCAUGUUACGGUUAUGAAGGUUUUGACGGUGAUCCAAAUGAUGAUUUCGUUGUAGAAAUCGUCAAGGACAAAUCUGUGAUUGGUGAAGCACAAGAAAAACUCAAAGCCAUUGAUACCGUUUUCAGAUUAAGACACGCCAUGACUAACUGCUAUUUAUGGUCUCACGAAACCAAGCUUCCAAAAUGGGGUUAUGAGCAACAAGAGGUCACAUGUGCUACCCAAGGUAUUGAGCCUUUAAGCUUGUGGUACAUUGAAGACAAUGUUAACAUUUACUUGCCUCUAGAUGCCGAAAAGACUGGCUACAAGCAACUGUCAUUCUUUCAAAAGGUUGCAGAAUUACACAAGAAGAUGUGGCAUAUCAACAAUGGUUUAACUGCAUCUCAUGUAUUUGAAUCAAGACCUUCUGACUGGUUACUUCUCAAUAGAGGUAUUUCUUAUUGGGCUUUGGCACCACAUCAGAUCUAUCUUUUAGGUAACCCAAUUAUUUGGUGGCCGGCAUCUUUCUUAUUCCUUGGCUACGGUAUCUACAUUGUUGUUUUGAUUUUCAAGUAUCAGCUAGGAUACAACAUAAGCAUUAGCGAGAACUCUUUCAAUUUCAACUAUAACACCUUCAUAUUCCUCCUAGGUUGGUUUAUACACUUAUAUCCAUUUUUCCUCAUGGAACGUCAACUUUUCUUGCACCAUUAUUUUCCAGCGUUAUAUUUUGCUGUGCUAGCACUGGGCCAUCUGUUCCAAUUAUUCUCUUCAACUUUUAAGAACAGAAAAACUUAUGUGCUUUACGGUUUAAUUUUCAGUGCUUCAUUAUGGUGUUAUUACCAGAGAUUGCCAUUAACCGAUGGUUCUGAUUGGACCCUUGAAAAGUGUGAAGCUAGUAAGUGGUUCUCUUCUUGGGAUUACGAUUGCAACAACUUCCCUUACGAAAAUGCAGGAAACAAUAGACCUGCCAAUGCUGAUCAGGGCGGUAUUGACUUUAAUUCUGCUCUCAAACCUCAAGUAGAAGGUUUUCCUCCACAAGAUCAGCAGCCUCUAGUAGCAGAACCUGUGGAACAAGACGUUGCUCUGGAAAAGGAUGAAUUGUGAUUUUAAUCUGUCGAAACUUGUAUCUUUAUAGAGACAUUAUAUAUAUCGAGUCGAUAUGUAAUUCAAUAACAAAUUUUGUCAUUUACUGGAA